AUUUUCUACUCAUCUUUUCUUCCGUUCACUCUUCGUUAAUUCAACUUUUUUACUUUUCACUUUUUACUAUUUAUUGUACUUUAUAAUUAUCUAAACUUUUCAAGAAUGAGCAGCAAUAGCAACGGCAACGGCAACGGCAACGGCAACGGCAACGGCAACGGCAACGGCAACGGCAACGACGUCUCAGACACCACAGCUUCCACAGACCUCAAGGACUUUAGUGAAUUCGAAGCAGCCCCAGCCUCCCGACAGCUCGACCUCCCAGCCUACGAGGUUGGUGUCCCCGAGGCCAUGAACAACUACAACUUGCCCUCCGACCCCGACCUCAUUGCCUCCAAGCAGCAGCAGCUCUGGGACCAAUUCCCGACGUUUGCGAAUAAAUCCGCAGAUGAUCUCGAAGACCUCCUGCGGUACGCGGAUCUUUUCCAAGCGCACAUUGACGGGUUAGAGCAGAUCCAGCUGAUGCGUACCUUGGAGUACGAGCUGCGCGAGGAGAACGAGCGACUGGCUAAGGUCAACUUGUCGUCGGAGGAUGAGCUGAAGCGGAUGCGGGAGGGCGUGGCGGAGCUGCAGAUGUUUGCAAGCUCGUUGACUACAAGGCUGUAUGAGUUGGUGCAGGAGCAUUUGGAUUUGCAGAAGCCAUAUUCGCCGGCGGUGUUGUUGGCCAGGGCGAAGAGGGAGGCGAGGGAGGCCGAUGAGGAGGCGGAGAGGAGGGCCGACGAGUUUUUGGACAAGGGCGUGGACGAGAUCGAAGACUUUGUCAGGGCGUACAAGGCGAUGAGGGCCAGGUUCCAUUCGCUCGACUCGAGGCAUAAAAUGGCUGAUGCUGCGUACCGCAGUGGGGAUCUUGCCGGCGUGCCAAUGGCCGUUGAUCGCUGAGAGAAAGAGACACACACACACAGAGAGAGAGAAUGGGAGAGAACCAUUUUGCAAGGCGUGCUUUUAUAAACAAUAAAGGUAAAUUGAUUUAAAAGUAAAUCUAAUGGACUAAACCCGGCUAGUUGCCCUCCUCAAGCACAUGGUGCUGCUGGUACUCUGCGUCCAGCUUGA